UAUUAAACUUCAUUCACCACUGUUCAGGGACCUGCGAAGGAGCUCUCCCCAACAAAGUAUGCUCGCAUCUUGCAUCUGAAAAUGGGUGAUUUCAGUGACAGGACCGCAGGCGAACAUGACGACGACGAUGUUAUAUCGGCUGUCCCUCGAAGUGAGGAAGACAUUAGACUCGAGGUUUUGAACAUAGUUGACAACGAGGAAGAUGAUGAACGAACAACAGAGAGGAUUCAUCUACAGAGUACAGAUAACUGUCAUGUACCUGACGAUGCAGGCGAUUCAAAGACGCUACGGAUCACCAGCAAACAUAACCUCAGUCCCCAAAAACGACUGUGUUUACCCAUGUGUUGCAGAGAAAGUACGGCUGGCACAGGGGGCACCUCAUUGGCGAAAGACACAGCUCCAGCAAAGAAACCAGCUUGCGCAGGCCUUGGCCUAGUGUAUGCUCUUCUGUCAUCACUUUUGUUCUCCAUUUUGGCUCUUCUUGUGAAGAAAAUAGACGGGGUACAUGCUGUGGAAAUAAGUGCUAUACGCUGCUUCUUCCAGAUGGUCUUUGUGCUACCUGCGUUGAUUUAUUAUAAAACUGGGUUCCUUGGACCAAGAGGCCAGCGCUUUUUUUUGUUUUUGAGAGGGUUGUCGGGGUCGAACGCCAUGAUCCUGUUGUACUACGCGGUGCAGCAGAUGCCCCUGGCAGACGCCAUGGUCAUCGUUUUCAGCAACCCCGUGUUCACCUCGCUGCUGGCGUGGAUGUUCCUCAGGGAGAAGUGCACUGUACUGGACCUGCUCUUCACCGUCUCCACGCUCUCGGGCGUCGUGCUCAUAGCCAGGCCUCCGUUCAUCUUCGGCUCCAGCCUCUCCGGGAUAGAGGGAGACUACGCCAACCACAUCAAGGGCACCGCGGCCGCCUUCGCCGCUGCCAUCUGCGCCGCCUGCACCAUGGUCGUGCUCAGGAAGAUGGGCAAGAACGUCCAUUACUACCUCUCCGUGUGGUACUACGCCGUCAUGGGCCUGAUCGAGUCCGUCAUUGCCAUGUUCGUCAUCGGCGAGUGGAGCGUCCCCCACUGUGGUCGGGACAGGUGGUUCCUCAUCUCCAUAGGGGCCAUCGGAAUCGCCGCGCAGACGUUUCUCACCAAAGCCCUUCAGCUGGAGAAGGCAGGGCCCGUGGCCUUGAUGCGGACCAUGGAUGUAGUGCUGGCGUUCAUCCUCCAGUUCCUCUUCCUCGAACAAAAACCAACAUGGUGGAGCCUGGGCGGGGCCCUGUGCAUUAUCUGCAGCACAAGUGGGGUGGCCCUCAGGAAAUGGUACAACAGCACCAGAAAGAACACGCAGAACGGGCGCAAUGGAAAAUAGAGAAAUAUUUCAUCAAAUGGGUCAACACUCGUGUGGUAUGAGAGGAUCUAACGGCCCUGGAAGGCCAGUAUUGCAAUUUUGGUCACAUACAUUUAAUUUUGGUCUCUACUUUUUUGGAUGUAGAACUUAUUUUUAUACUGUCAACCAAAGAAACAGUAUGCAGUAACAAUAUUACUGGAAAUAUAACAGUACAUUACUUCUGCAUGUUUCUAUGGAAACGCACAACACUGUAAGUUUACAGUCUAACUGAACCUGCCUUUAUUACACUGGCCACGUUCCAGUGGAGCUUUAGCAUUGUGGGAUUUAUGUGAUUUAUAUUAUAGUGGGCUGAAGGUCAUUAAGUUGUAGAGUUAAAAUGUUCGCCAAGAUGAAGAACAAUUAAUUUAAUUUUAGAUUAUUUUUUGUUGUGUGGGCAACACAAGGUUUUUUUUUAUUUCAGGUUUCUUUCCGAAUUAAGCUUUAAAUAUUUCCAUGUCAGAAGAUCAGUGAUAUUUGGAAAAGAUAGGAAGGGUGUAGUGCAUAUGUUUCACACAGUGAGUAGAAAGCAGCCAUGUCAUUUGGGGAAAAAUAAAGAAGGUAUCAGUUAAACUGUCACAAGAACAUUCAAAGCUACACUCAAAUGGUAUCUUUAUUUAAUAGGAUUUUAAAAUAUAUCUUUUCAUGAAUAUAUCCAGUAUGUUCAUUGUUUAUAUAGGCAUAAUGUAUUGAACAAUACUGUACUGGAUGUUUUAUUUGAUAAGUAACCAUUUUCUGUUAGGAACAACUAAUUAAGCAUAAUUGCACUUGUUUUUUACAUUCUCUUUUUUUGCACUCUCCAUGUUGCCCAGUUUCAAAUCUUUCAGAAUAAUAUUCCCGGGUGGCAUUGGAAUCUCGUCGUAGAGUUUUAUUUUAAUUUUAUUUAUUAAAUCUCUAGUAAUGGUUUUAGCUCCCACUGUGGGAACAAGGUCUUUUCACUUAAUUGCAUACUGCAAAGGAUGGAUUAUAAAGUCAGUAAGCAGUAUGUAAUUAAGUCCAAAUUAAGUCCAUAUUCCCACAGUGCGAAAGCGGUCUUUUACCUUAAUUACCUACUGCAGUGGAUAGAUUAUAAAAUUGGUCUGCUUUUUAUUAUACAUAAAAUGUGCUUCAUAACAAUCUUGCAAUGAUAAAGAUGCAAAUUUAAUAGUCAAAUGUUCGUUCUUUGUGUGGUUUCUCAUAUUUCUCCUCUUGCCACCGAUAGCCUUGGUGCUAUGUGUAACAUUUAUUUUAAGAGCUUUUUAAAAGUUUGACUGAACACAGAUUGAAAUUCAUGAAACUGUGGAUUUCUAUCCUUCAUAAUAUACACUCAAUGAGCACUUUAUUAGGUAUUUAUUAGGCUUUUUUUUUUUUACUUAAAUCUUUUGCUGCUGUAGCCUAUCCACUUAGAGGUUUGAUGUGUUGUGUGUUCAGAGAUGCUCUUCUGCAUACCACUAUUGUAAUAUGUGGUUAUUUGCGUUACAGUCACCUUCCUAUCAACUUUGACUGGUCUGGCCCUUCUGCUCUGAUCUCUCUCAUUAAUAAGGUGUCUCUCCCCGUAGAACUGCUGCUCACUGGAUGUUUUUGUUUUUUGCAGCAUUCUCUGCAAACUCUAGAGACUGUUGUGUGUGACUAUCCCAGGUGAUCAGCAGUUUCUGAAAUGCAUGAUUGUAUGCAUUGCACGGCUGGCACACAAUUGGCUGAUUGGAUGAUUGCUUGAAUAAGUGGGUGUACAGGUGUUCCUGAUAAAGUGUUCAGUGAGUGUGUAUAUACAAAUCAUUUUUCUUCUAAAAGGAAAGAAUGGAUAUUGUAUUUGUAUUAAUCUAAAUUAAACUACAUUUAAAUGUGGGGAAGGUGCACAUGCACUUAAAAUGUUUAAAAAAUAAUGUGCUUUUUUUAUGUGUAACAUAAAAUUUCCUCUAUAUUUCUCUUUUUAUAGAAAAAAUAAAUCCAUCCAUCAUUUAGGCAUCAUUAUAAUAAUUUCACAAUUAUUGGGAAUGUGUGGUAUGUUGUGAGCAUAAUUCUCCAAUUAUUUUUGCUGUAUUUUUCAAAGACAUGUUUUGGAUUCUAAGCAAUUUUAUAAAGAGAUAUGUAUUUAAAUAUAUGUAUAUAAAUAUGUAUUUUCUUUAUUUUAUGAUGUCUAAUCCUCAACAGUAAAUAUGUUUAAUACUACAA